CGUUUUGCAGAGCUCAAUUAACAAACUCCACGGGCACCUUGCUAAUUGCAAACAAGUUUUUCUGAGUUGCAAUAGAAGAUGGCAAGUCUUCAGACAGCUAGACGCCUUUCAAGAGAUAUCCUUUGUCGAACACGAGUAUUUCCUCCAGCAUCUGUUAGAGGAAUACAAUCCAAACACCAGCAGAACACAAGAGUAGCUCAGAAACGUACCCAAAGGAUAUGGAAGCACCACAAUGUUUGCCAGAUAAGAACAUUUCAAACCAGUACAGUGUGCUGUGGGAAGACUUAUCCUUUUAAACUGGCCGACAUCGGAGAAGGUAUCAAAGAGGUCAAUGUCAAAGAAUGGUAUGUGAGUGUCGGAGACCACGUGAAGCAGUUUGACAGUAUUUGUCAGGUACAGAGUGACAAAGCUUCUGUCACCAUUACCAGUCGCUAUGACGGAAUCAUCCGAAAAAUCUACUACGAACUGGAUGAUGUUGCCCAGGUUGGAGAUCCGCUAGUCGAUAUAGAAACAGACACGGAGACCGAGGAGACUUCUAGUCCAGAUGAGUCAGACGAUUCCAGUUCCUCCUCUUCCUCCUCCUCAUCAGAAGAUGAACAUUCACAACCUAAGGUCCUCCAACAGAAAGUCCUUGCCACUCCUGCUGUUCGUAAGAUUGCCAUGGAGAACUCCAUCAAGCUAUCUGAUGUCACAGGUACAGGUAAAGAUGGCCGUGUAUUGAAAGAGGAUAUCAUGAGAUACAUACAAGGAGAAGCACCACCUGUAUCACCACAUGUGGCACCCCCUUCCCCAGUUUCUGUACCUACACCAGCGGCACCUAGGGCAGCCCCACUUCCUGUUGUCCCAGCAGUGUCGAUCCCGAUCGGAAAGGACAAGACAGAACGAAUAAAGGGAGUUCAAAAAGCCAUGGUGAAAUCUAUGACGGAAGCUAAUAGUGUCCCAUUGUUCGGUUACUGUGACGAAAUUGAUGUGACCAAACUUGUAAUGUUGAGGGAAAGUGCAAAGGCACUGACAGCAGCAACUGGAAUGAAAUUCUCAUACAUGCCGUUCAUCAUAAAGGCAACCUCAAUGGCGUUGCACCAGUUUCCUAUAUUGAAUGCCUCUGUGGACAAAGAAUGUGAAAAUAUCACGUACCUGGCUUCUCAUAACAUUGGUAUAGCAAUGGAUACCAUUGAAGGGCUGAUAGUUCCAAAUGUAAAGAAUGUACAGUCAUUGAGUGUGUACGAGAUUGCUGCCGAACUCAACCGACUGCAUAUAGUAGGCCUGGAGGGAAAGCUGUCCACAGCUGACAUGACGGGAGGCACGUUUUCUUUAUCAAACAUUGGAGCGAUUGGUGGUACCUAUGCAAAGCCAGUUGUACUUCCACCACAGGUAGCUAUAGGAGCUUUGGGCAAAUUCCAGGUGCUGCCAAGGUACGAUGAGGAAGGUAACGUGAAGAAGACACACAUCAUGAAUGUGAGCUGGUCAGCAGAUCAUCGAGUGAUAGAGGGCGCCACUAUGGCACGAUUUUCCAACGUGUGGAAGGCCUACCUAGAGAACCCUGCAACAAUGACAAUAUACCUAAGAUAGAAUGAAUAUUCCAGUUUAUUCACCUAAAAGAAAUCUUACCAUUCCAUCAUUUCAGCAGUAAAAUGAAAUAAAUACCACUUUAGCUACUGUUUCAAGAUAUUGAAUACUGAACUACUAGAACUGGAUAUUGUUGUUGAUUUCGUUAAAUGUGUAUGAUUGAUUAUAAUCUUGUUUACGAUAAAACAAUUGUUAUUCAGCUGUGUUUAAAUUUUAAGAACACUUGCCAAAUUAUGCUGAAGGAUAAUGACAUACGUCUUGUCUUUUCAGAUGAGUCAGUGCUACUACAGUUUUUAAAGAAUGAGAAAAAAUUGUCUUUUAUUAAUUUAAACUAAUGUGUCAAUUUAGUGAACGUUUAACUAUUAAAGAAUAUAUAAUAGGUAGUCUGAAGUUAUGAAGAAAAUUGGAACACAAUCACAACCAGCAUAUAAAGAACACUACAACUGGUGUUUCUGUGUGAUAGAAACCUGUCUUAUAAGGCCACAUGUCUAUUUCACUGUUGUCUGACUCCCAUGGGUGAUCUUUAUCAACAGGUUCACUACGUGAAAUGAACAUUGUGUUAGUGUGUGUCCUUAUUGAAUAUAUUGCUAUACUGUACAUAAAUAUUCCAACAGAAUUGUGCUUGUUUUAAAUAGUGUUUGUGAAAGGAAAAAUAAAUCUCAGAUUUGAAUAAGUGCACAUCUGUAUUUAGUUUGAAACUAUAUGCAAAUGUAUAUAUUUUGUUGGGGUCUGUAAUAUGCUGCUGUGCUGUGUAAAUUAUCAGGUUUUGUUUGUAAUAGUGAUGUACUCAGUGAGAAAGAGGCUAAGUUUUACUUAUAAUUGUGUUCGGUAAAGAAUGUUGAUAUUGCCUUUGUUGUUUGCUGUGACAUAUACACCACAUAUUUUGUUUGAAUUCCACAAUAAUCUGAUUAUAUAUGUAUUUCGUAUACAGAUACAACAGUCAGGAAAAUCUGUCAAUAGGAACACUCACCUUCUAGGUAUAUUUCAGAAAUAUUAUAGUCAGGACAAAUUUCCACUGCCAUAUGUUAGAUUGUGUUGUGUGGAGAUACAUAGUUGUGUUACAAUUGUAAAAGUAUUACUUGUGUGGAACUGUCCAAGUUAGUGCUAUUGGGAAUGUGUACAGGUUGAUUCAGAAAUGCACUUGUAUGCAUACAGAUGUGAAUGGCUGUGAAAAGUAGGUGUGCACUAUUUUUUUGUGUAAUUGGCUGUUGAAGCUUAAAAGGUAAUUCUAUUUUAGAAAUAACUGAAACAUAAUUAUUAAUGAAUUAAUAUGUGUAAGUAAUUAAUCUGACUUAUUUUUGUGGUAAAGACUAAUAUUAUUCUGGUGAUGUUUUAUAAUAUUAUUUUAAAAUGAUAAUCUUCUGGUUAUUUCCUUGCCAGCAUGUCACUUUAAGUUGAUCUGUAGACAUCACACUAUUUUCUUUUCUGCGUCAAGAGCUAUGCAAUGUUUACCAGGUACAAGAGUUAAAAAUAACUAACUACAAAAGUCAUUUAUAUGGUCUGGUGAUCAUUCUGUCAAUGUCCUUCUUCCUUACUCUAGGUUUUACUGCAACAUUUUUAUUAUUUCUCAUAUCAAAGACAUUGAACCAAAUGGUGAGGUGUUCAAAAAUCAUUGCCAAUGUUUCGCCAGCAUCAGAUUACCUCCCUUUACUAGAAGAAAAAACCUUCUGUACAACAUUAUUUUCAGUCACUUUUAUAUGGAGAAUAAACCUAGACUCAACCUCACUGUUUUUUUAAUAAUGGCCUUUUAAACUUAUCACAAUGAAAAUAAACAGAUAACAAAUACAUACAAGUGACCUUUAAACUUAGGUUCAAUUACAAAGAGGGGUGUAGAAAUGGGAACUAGAGUCAUUGGCCAUGUUAUGCUGUGCAGUCUUCAAGAGGAUGUGAUAUCAGCACCAUCAAUAUUUGUUUAUACAGAGAUCUUAGAGAAUAUAUAGGUUUCUUAUAGACAAGCUAUUACUCUAGAGAGAUGACCUUUAAAGAUAGGUAUUUGCUCUUUAGAAAUGGCUUUUAUAGACAGGUACAUGCAUUUUCUAUACAGAGGUGGUAAUGGUUGUAGGUUUCAAUAAAAUAUUACCAGUGCAUAAUAUUUUAUCUUUUUUUAUAUAAAUAGCAGUCAAAUUUGUUAGACGAGAUACACAUUUUUCUAGUUUUUGUUUUUGGUUUAAUGAAAUGAAGCAAUGAUUUACAGUUUUUUAAAGUAAAUAAACUUCUAGAAGUUGUAUAGAGUGACAAACUUCCACUGUAUCCAUUGUCUGAGUUUCACAAGUUACUUCAAUUCUUAGUAGAUAAUAUAUCUAUACAACGAAAAAACACAAGGUAAAAAGCUAGCUUACUUAUUGAACUAUUAUUUUAAUUAUAAUUAUAUACAUGACCAUUUCGUUUUUAACCAGAUUUGGCACCAUUUCACUAUGUAAUAGAUAGAUAUAAUUUGGUGAUCGAGGGAGAUGACAAGAGCAAUUGUCUAAUUAAUGUUUUUGUUAUUUUGAAUCUCUAAUAGUACAUGUAUGGAGUUUGGUAUCAUUUAAUGCCAUGCACAGAUAUUUGUGAAAAAAUACUUGAAUAAAACAUUUGAAAAGCCAA